AUGUUACGAGUUUAUCUUAUCGGAAUUUGUAAUGACAAGCCAGCAAAUUCUCUUGUUCAGUAUCAACCUGAACCAAACGCAUUGCACGGUUGUUCGAAAUGCGAAAUUGCCGGAUGGACAACACCAGCUAAAAUUCAUGCAACACCAGUUCUAUCGAAAAGAAUAACAACUACGUAUGUCCGAAUAUUUCCAACUUCAACAGGUCAACAACCACAAAUUCGCUCUAAUGCCAGAUGGCAUGAAAUUAGUCAUGCUCUACAGAAUGGACAUACAUUUUUGACUAAGGACAACAAAAUUCAUUCAUUUGGUUAUUUAGGAGAAUGUGAAUUAACAAACUUAGCAUUUAUUGACCGUGGUACAUCUUUUAUGUGUGACACUUUGCAUUCAAUAUACCAUGGAGCCUUCGUACGUACCAAGAUUUUUUAA